UCCUUUAUCCUAACUAAGUGGAGAUCUCUCAGCCACCCCAACCAGGCUCCGUGCUAACAACGUAGCUAACCGAAUAAAUACGAUCGGAUGAAGGGCAGGGGGGAGGGGGGCGUGCAAGAUGGGGCAACCCUACGUUUUCUGGAUAUAAGAAUAUUUCGAAUGUAAUACGCCCCCUUGGACAGAGAACAAUGAACGGGGGGCGUGUGCGUGUGUAAGCCGAAGAGAUGGUUUCGGCAUUGACAGUUUGGGGCGGCGCGGAGAAGCUCGUGUAAGACGAUAGUUGCGCUGCGUCGAGUGGAAAGUCGUUAUAACGAUGCUGGUUGACGUGUUUGCCUGUCUGUCCGGGGUGAUUAUGUAGCCGGGUGCCCGUCCUUCCUCCUUCUUGUUUGUUUGCUCUUCUCUGUACCUUUCACUCCCCCAUUCGCAAUACACAGACACUAUGGCGCCCAUCUCAACUGCAGAUCUGAGAGACUCGCCCGUCGUUAUUCUCCCCAAACCUUCCCCCAAAGCCAUUGAGUCGCGGCUCUUCAUCAACAAUGAAUUCAUCCCGUCCGUCUCUGGCAAACGCUUUGAUGUAAUCAGCCCGAUUACAGAAGCCGUCAGUGCUUCCGUGUAUGAAGCGGGCGUUGAAGAUGUCGAGCUCGCUGUGCAGGCUGCCAAGGCUGCGCUGCCUGCUUGGUCUGAACGCAAUGCAACUGAGCGCGCGCACUUUCUCAACAAAUGGGCCGAUGCUCUAGAGGCGGCGGCCGAGGAAAUGGCCUAUCUGGAUGCCAUCUCCAUGGGCAAGCCGGCAUAUCCUGACCGUCUGGCGCCCAUGGUGCCCAUCAUUGUGCGCUUCUUUGCCGCAAAGGCACUUGACAUUACGGGCGAGAGCUCGCUCAACUCUGCGGGCUUCAUGAAUGUCAGUCUGAGACAGCCGUACGGUGUUUGUGCAGCCAUUACGCCAUGGAACGCCCCCGUUAUGAUGAUGGUAUAUAAAGUGUCGGCGGCCUUGAUUACUGGAAACACACUAGUGCUCAAGUCGAGUGAAAAGUCGCCUCUUAGCUCACUCGUUGCUGCUCGAUGUGCCCGCGAGGCAGGCUUUCCUCCUGGUGUGCUCAAUGUUCUGAGCGGCUUUGGCAGACCGUGUGGUGAAGCACUAGCACGCCACAUGGAGAUCCGCAAGAUCUCAUUUACAGGUAGCACUGCCACAGGCAAAGCGAUUCAGAAAUGUGCUGCCGAGUCGAAUCUCAAGAGUGUCUCUCUUGAAUUGGGCGGAAAGAGCCCGCUUGUCAUCUUUGAGGAUGCCGACUUGGCAAAAGCCAUUCCUGCAUCCACAAUGUCCAUUCUCAUGAACUCAGGACAAGUAUGCAACGCUAUUACGCGAGUCUAUGUCCACGAGUCUCUUGCCGAGGCGUUUAUCGAGGGUGUCAAGGGCGCCAUGUCAGCCAUGGGCGCCAGCGCAAACCCUCUGCACGAAGGCACUAUGCGUGGCCCCCAGGCCGAUCGCCUCCAAUUCGAGCGUGUGCUUGCCUACCUCGAUCUGGCCAAACAGUCUGGAAUCAGAAUCGCACAUGGCGGUAACAGAGAAGCAUCGCCCGGAUACUAUGUCGAGCCAACAAUCCUUGUCGACGUGCCUGAGGACUCGAGACUUGUCAAGGAAGAAAUCUUUGGUCCUGUUCUCAUCGUCAACCGCUUCUCAGAAGAGAAUGACGCCUUAAAUCGCGCUAACGACUCCGAGUACGGACUCUACGCCAGCGUAUUUACUCGCGACCUCAGCCGCGCCAUUCGAGUAGCCAAGAGACUCGAGGCCGGUAGCGUUGGCGUCAAUUGCACAUCACCUGUCCUAGCCAUGGACAUGCCGUUUGGUGGGUGGAAGAGCUCAGGCCAAGGCCGCGAAUUUAGUCGAUAUGCUACAGAUUACUGGACGGAACUGAAAAGCGUGUAUUUUGCCAUUUAA